UGCAUUCCAGAUCGUUUGCUCCAUCAGGGAUAACCAUAGAUUAAGGCAGAUGCAUGUUGGUUACUGAGAGACCCAGAGGAGCAACUUCUGAAUCUUAAAUAUGCCAAAAGUACAUUCAACAUUUAAAUAAUUGUGUUUACCUUUUGAUUAUCACAGGGUGGGUACAGACUGGUCCUUCUGAUCCGUGAUGAUAACUCAAGGUUGGGCAGCGGCGGCUGUGGUAGCAAAUGGUGCUGGUGGUAGACGGGGAGAUGAGAAGAAGGCGGCUCCAGGGUGCGACGUGGAGGCAUUGCGCAAGUGCCUGGAAGAGAACAAGGGUGAUCGCGCCAAGUGCCAGGCUCACAUUGACGCCUUCCGAUCCUCAUGUUCUGUCAGCCCCACCAACACCUCCGACUACCGUCCCACCGUACAAAAGGAGACCUGAAACACUGGUGUCUUUGCUGGGGUGGUUUUACAAGAAACCUUGUGGAAUAAUUAGGAUGAGGUGCCACUGUGCAAAUGCUCAUGUGAAAGAUAGGAUAAUUAGGACUUAGACUAGCAGUUUUUUUUUUGAGAAAAUUAUACUUUUCAUCCCUCAAUUCUUGGCGAAGUUUAGAUUUGGUCCCUCAACUCCAAAACCGGACAACUUGCAUCCUUAACUACUGAAACCGGACAAAAUUCAUCCCUGGUCACGGUUUUGACCGGUUUUGGUGCUGUCA